GUCAGCUGAACCAACCCGGAAGCAAAACAAACGGCAGGGAGCAGGCGCAGCAGCAGGCGCGCGCUGCGGACACAAACUGACUUUAUUUUACUUUAAUUUACUUUAUUUUUCUGCUUUGUUGGGCUGAAGACUGACAGCUACGUCACAGGACGGGCGAAACGUCACGGGAUAGGUGAAACACACCGGAGCACGAGACCUGCUGCAGUUUGUCCGAGGCGGAAGUGCUGAGCGGAAGUAGCUGCUCAGUGAUGAAGACCAGUCGGCUCCUGACCGUGCUGGUGGGCGGAGUCUUCUGCUUGGCUGUGAUGUCACUGUACCGCAUGCUGGAGCUGAUGCAGGGGGCGGAGCUUCAGGAGCAUCCGGACACACCUGGUGGACAGGUAGACAACGAUUUGUCCCGCCUCCAGCAGAAGAUCGAUGAGUUGGAGCGUCUCCUCAGCGACAACAACCGCCUGGUUGCUACGCUGCGGGACUCUCUGCUCCAACACAAGGCAUCAUGGGGAAAAGGAGGAGGGGCUAAUGUGAGCUCAGACUCCGCCCACAGCCCAGCUGACACACUACCAGGCUGUCGAUUGGCCAAUGAGUUGAAGGAUGAAACGGACGGCGUGCAGCUGCUGGAUGUUUACGACCUCCUAUCGUUUGACAAUCCUGAUGGCGGCGCCUGGAAACAAGGUUUUGAGAUCAGUUACCAUGGUAACGAGUGGGACGAGCAGCCUCUGGAACUUUUUCUGGUUCCUCACUCGCACAACGACCCAGGCUGGCUGAAGACGUUCGAUGGUUACUAUCAGGAUCAGACAAGACACAUCCUGAACAACAUGCUGAUCAAGCUGAGUGAGGACAGCAGGAGGAAGAUGAUCUGGGCAGAAAUCAGUUAUUUUUCUAAAUGGUGGAAUGACAUCGACGAGCAGAAGAGAGAGAUGGUCAAACGCCUGGUGAGGGCAGGGCAGCUGGAGCUGGUGACGGGCGGCUGGGUGAUGGCCGACGAAGCAAACUCACAUUACUUCGCUCUGCUGGAUCAGCUGAUUGAGGGACACCAGUGGAUCCAGCGACACCUCGGUGUGAAGCCGAGCAGCGGUUGGGCUGUGGAUCCGUUCGGCCACUCCCCCUCUAUGGCCUACCUGCUGAAGGGGGCGGGGCUCCAGGACAUGGUCAUCCAGCGAGUUCACUACGCCGUCAAGAAGCACUUCGCCCGGCAACAGACGCUGGAGUUUCAGUGGCGACAGAGUUGGGACCCCUCCCCCCGCAGUGACAUCACGUGUCACAUGAUGCCGUUCUACAGCUACGAUGUACCGCACACGUGCGGUCCGAACCCGUCGGUCUGUUGUCAAUUUGAUUUCCACCGCCUGCCAGGGGGGCGGGUCUACUGUCCAUGGAGGAUAUCACCGCAGCCAAUCACAGAGCAGAAUGUCCAGGAAAGAGCUCUCCUCCUGUUGGAUCAGUACCGUCAGAAGUCUCGUCUCUUUCGCUCUUCGGUCCUUCUGGUUCCGCUCGGUGACGACUUUCGCUUCACAGACUCGUCUGAGUGGGAUGCUCAGUUCAGCAACUACCAGAAACUCUUCGACUACUUCGACCAGCACCCAGAGCUCCACAUCAAGGCUCGCUUCGGGACUCUGUCAGAUUACUUCACGACUCUCCAUCAGCGUCUGAGCGCAGCAGGUUCCACACUGCCGACGCUCCGCGGCGACUUCUUCACAUACGCCGACCGUGACGAUCAUUACUGGAGCGGAUACUUCACGUCCAGACCGUUUUACAAACGCCUCGACAGAACCAUGGAGGCCACGCUGAGAGCGACAGAAAUCCUUUUUAGCCUGACAUUGGCUGAAAUGCGUCGUUUCCAUGGUAACGGUCAGCUGGCCGCUGAUUUCCCUGCACAUGAGCACUUCCAGCGGCUGACGGCCGGGAGACGGAAUCUGGCAUUGUUUCAACACCACGACGCCGUCACCGGCACCGCCCGCGAUGCUGUGGUGGUGGACUACGGAACCAGAUUGCUUCACUCCAUCCUGAACAUGCGCCAGGUGCUGCAGAGCUCCGCCCACUGGCUGCUUCUAUUGGACAAGAGCGAGUACCACCAUGACCAAUCAAAACCCUUCCUACAAAUGGAUGACGUGAUCUCAGCGCAGGACGCUCUGCCUCAGAAGACGCCGCUCACGCUCAGUGAUGAGCCCAGGUCAUUGAUCAUAUUUAACCCGACUGAGCAGCUCCGUACGUCAGUCGUCAGCAUCGUCGUCGACUCUGCGGACGCUCGUGUUGUCGACACACAAACGGGUCGACCAAUGGCUGCACAGAUCUCUGCGGUGUGGGAGGAGCCGAGCCGGGCAUCCAGAGAAUCUUUCCAGCUCGACUUCGUGGCUGAACUUCCUCCUCUGUCGCUCGCUGUCUAUCAUGUGACCAAAGCCGCUGUUGGCUCCACCCAUCGGGCUCAGUACACCUUCUAUCAUCACGGCAACCCUCUGACCAUCCAGAGCGAACACUUCCAGGUGUCCCACCCAGAGGGGCCUGAGGCCGACGCCCCCCUGUUGCUAAGCAACAAGCACGUCCAGAUGUGGAGCUCCCCGGAGACCGGCCUGCUGCAGAAGCUCCGCCUCCAGUCCGGUCUGGUCCGUCAGCUCCAGGUCCAGUUUCUGUGGUACGGGACCACAUCGAACCGGGACAAGAGCGGAGCCUACCUGUUUCUGCCAGGGAAGGAGGGGGGUCAGCUCUACACAUCCUCAGAGCCGCCCCUGGUCCGGGUCUCCAGAGGUCCGGUCUUCUCCGACAUCACUUCCUGUUUCCAACACUUCACACACAGAGUCCGACUGUACCACCUGGAUGGGCAUGCUGGGCGAUCUGUGGAGAUUUCCAACAUGGUGGACAUCAGGUCAGAGGUCAACCGUGAGCUCGCCAUGAAGCUCGUCACCGAUGUUGCCAACGGCAACCGUUUCUACUCCGACCUCAACAGUUUCCAGAUGCAGCAGCGGCGGACUCUGGCGAAGCUCCCCCUGCAGGCGAACUUCUACCCGAUGUCAUCGGCGUCGUUCCUGCAGGACUCGACGUCUCGCGUGUCUCUGCUGUCGGCUCAGAGUCAGGCCGUCGCCUCGCUCACACCAGGUGAGCUGGAGGUGGUGUUGGACCGGCGGCUGCAGCAGGACGAUAACCGCGGCCUCGGUCAGGGCGUCACCGACAACAAGCUGACGGCCAGUCUCUACCACCUGCUGCUGGAGGACAGGAGGGGUGGGGCUCAGGAAGUGGGAGGAGCCUCAGUUGAACACCUGUCACUGCUCGCCCACCUGUCCUCGCUCUCCCUCUGCCACCCGCCAAUCACCAUGGUUGCCCCAAGCAACAGCCAGCUGCCAAAGCUCCGCCCCUUCCUGCCACUCAGCUCGUCGAUGCCGUGCGACCUUCACCUGCUGAACCUGAGGACGCUGGAGGAUGCACAGGAAGCAGAAACUCCGUCACAGGAAGUGGCUCUGCUCCUCCACAGGAAGGGCUUCGACUGUAGCUCCGCCCCCGACAUGCCACUGCAGUGCACGUGGAGCGCGCACGAGGAGGUGAACUUGGACGAUCUGUUCUCUCCUCUCCGGUUCCGUUCUGUCCGUCAGUCGGGUCUCACUCUGCUACGUGAAGACGAUGAACCGGAAUCCGCCCGGCAACAGCAGCCUCCACGCAUCACUCGCCUGCAGCCAAUGGAAAUCACCGCCUUCCGUGUCGAGAUAGACUGAAAAAUGAAACAUCAUCAACAUUUUGUAAUUUCUGGUAAAAUUGUUCCACUUGUUGUGUCGAUGACACGAGCAGCCAAUCAGAAGGAAUCACUUUAAAACACGUGUUGGAGGGAAAAUACACAAAAGAUCAUUAGUGAAAAAUUAAAAAUGGAGCAUGAAUGUAAACUUAAGUUGACGAGGCAUCUGAAAGUGAUCAGAAGAAACAAAUAACAGAACCAGCUGACAGGACGACAGAAAACUUAAUCAGCCAUGAAACACAAUCAGCAGAAAUCAUCAUUAAUCAUCAUUACAUGUUAUUAAUCAGCCGUGAACAUGAAGAUGAACCAGCGAACCAAGAAAAUCAGUUAUUAUUUCAAAACUGUGGUGAAAUGAAGCCGUUACACUUUUAAUUAACCCGUCAAAGGUCGUCAUGGUGACGGCAACACAACGGGACCAAACACAUCGUUAGUGCUUAAUGAAUGUUUAUAAGUGUGUGUGCGUGUGUCUCACUGCUGUUUCGAAUUUUUUUCUUCUUUUUUUUUCACCAAAAUGUGGAAUUGUGGGUGAAAUGUCUGACUGACUGACUGACUGAUCGAUUGAUGAUCAGUGGACGUGCAGCUCAGGGUGUGUGUGUGUGUGUGUGAGUUCCUAUUGAUUAUUGAUGAUUUAUUAUUGAUUAUGAGCACAUAUUGACCUGCUGACAUGUUGAAUGAUGUUUUCUGUAUUUUACUGUGAAACAACUUCUGGGUUUUGUUUAAUUAAGAAAUUCUGUAUAUUUUCUAUCAGCGGGUUUAUUUCUCAGAUGUUUAUUUAAAAGCUAAAAAUGUAUUUUUCUAUCACGACUGUUAAACAUUUUGUGCUUUUUCUGUGUUUGGGGAGAUUUUAUGGUUUUAAUACUAAAUAAAUUAUUGUUUAAUUGAA